UGCAGCGCGUCGGCGAUUGCGUCACCUGCUCUGCCCUCUCCCGGGCCCGAACAGCGGAGGGCGUUUUCGGCACAACCGCUCGGGGUUCUUGAGGCUCGCACACCGACCGGACUAGUGACAUGCGCGCCGAGGCCCGCGCUCUACUCAGUACAAGAACGGGAGGAAUCGUGGCAACCCCAGCUAAACUUCGCCGAAGACGACCGCGAUUUGGAGAAACAACUGCAACACGUUGGUGACCGUCACUACGAUAUCAUCUGUCAUGAACAAUUCAUCCGUGAACCCGUCACCACUGUGUGUUCUGAACUCUUUGGGUAAUUCAUCACCCUUGCAGUAAGAUGUGCUGCUUCAUCAGGUCUUCUCCUACUGGUGCGCCAAGCAGAAUCAUCACGAGGACGGACGUCGCAUGGCACCCUCGUGAACAACCGCCAGCGACAUCGAGCGGCGUCUAACCCGAGUAUCUCCGUACGGGAUGCACAGGAAGCUGCGCAACAGCCUCGUUCUGACUGUCCUCACCGCGAGCGCUGUCGCACUGCUGUUCACCUGCACGCUUUACCCGUUCUGUGUCCCGCGCGAUGGCGUACCCGAGGCGAGUUACACCAGGGUCCCUGCUCUGCGAAACAUCCUGUCCUCUUACACGGACGUGUUCACGCUGCCGCCAUUCAGGCUGGACUCGCAGUCUCUGUACCGCGUCUACGAGAAUGCCAUCGAGCGCGACAGGCGGCCUUCCAGCAAAGAGGUCGUGUGCAUGUCCACCAUCGCUUCGCUGGACCAUCUGCACUGGCUGCGCGAGCUCUCCGACCACUGGACGGGUCCGGUGUCGGUGGCGGUGUUCUUCAGGGAGGACUUGGACCUGCAGCUGAUGGUGACGUAUGUGCACGUGCUCAGGGUGUGCUUCCCUGCCAUCAGGGAGAACUUCACCUUUCACUUCGUCUCUCCCGCGGAGAGGAACGACAAUGCGACCAAAGACACGUUCGCGUGGGAAGAUUCCGACGAGCCGCUGUUCUGUGACAGCCACCGGGCGCUUCUGCGUGCCUUUCUGGCGGUACUACGGAAACGCGGCUGGCCCCGCUUGCUUUUUCCCCAGAACCACCUGAGAAACGUCGCCCGUGACGGCUGCCUAUCGAGUCCGUACUUCUACGCAACGGACGUGGAUGUGAUGCCGCAGUACGGACUCUACGAGCGGCUGUCCGCAUUCCUUCUGCGGCAACCGCCUUGCGCAAAGUGCCUUUACGUCGUGCCUGCUUUUGAAGGCACCGAGUUCGUCACCCAUCCGAAGACGAAGAGCGCUUUGCUCAGUAGAACAGGAAACAAGAAAGACUUCCGAGUGUAUCACGCUGUGGCGUUCAGUAAAAACCAACGGGCGACGAAUUUCAACAAGUGGAAGAAUGUCCCGAGCAGGGCAGAGCUCUACGCAGCCUACGAAGCUGUCUUCGAAUUCGGCUACGAGUGCUUCUACGUCUGUCCCCAUGACGUGCCCAAGUUUCGCGAGAUAUUCAUCGGUUAUGGCUUCACACGGAACGUCCAGACACUGGAAGCUCAUCUGGCCGGUUUCCGGUUCCUGGUGCUGAGUGACGCGUUCGCCAUUCACCGGGGCAUGCGCAACACCACCACCAACGACAAAGUGCGCAACGCAGAGAAGUUGCACAACUACCGCAUCUUCCUCGGCUUCCGCAAGGCGCUUCAGCAGCGCUACGGCAAGGGCCGGGAGUUCUCGUGAUGUCUGCUUCCUUCUCGCUGCCACGCAUUCGCAGAAAUAAACGCUCGAAAAUGCGACCAUCUCACUGUAAAUAAUUGUCGAGACUGAAUUCGACCAGAAUAUAUAUUUCACUUUUGGCGAGACAUGAAUGAGC